ACCGCUGGAGGGAGAGGACGUGCGGUGCGGCGGCCUGACUCUCGCUCCUCACCUCACCUACCCUGGCGUAACCCUCGUAGCUCGCACCUGAACGCAGAUUACUCGUGAUUACACCAUCUGUGGAGGCUCUCUCGCUCUCGUACGCAGCCCCAGCGCCUUCAAUCCACAGGGUAGUGAGUUGACGUAUAAUUUUGAGUGAAAUACUGUGAGAUAUGUGACGGCUAUGCUACAGUUGUGGAGGGAAGCGUGAUCCAUGCCCUAGUGCUUCUGUCUUGCUCUGUCUGUCUGUCUGUCUGUCUCAGCGCCUCGACCUAUUCAGCGAAGCAACAAGGGCGUGCGGACGAGGACAAGGACGGAAACGAGAACGAGCAAAGGAAAAAUGAGACACUAGCACGGAGAGCCAAGCCCAACACACCACCACCACCACCACCACCACUACCUACAAAAGUGACAGGAGGAACAACAGUACUUUGAAGGCUUCCUGCAGUAUGGUGACGCGUUCUGCCCUCCCGUGCCUCCGCAUCAGGGCUGCUAGAUGGAGUUACGACACCUCUGCCCCGCCUCCUUCACCGCCACAGCCCCCAGCACGGCCAAGACACACAGCACAUUAGAUACGGACUGCACACAUACACAUACGUACACAUACACGACGAGGCAUAACUCUCAACAUUCUGAACAGGGAAUCAUGAAGCGGUGUAGUGUGUGAAAAAAAAGGAGGGAAGGAAUAAGAAAUAGUAAGAGAAUGUGAAUGAAUAAGUUAUCAGGAAGGGAAUAACUGUGACUAAAUCCUUGGAAACUGAAAAAAAUAAGUAUAUAUAAAUUAAACUCUAAAAAGACAACAAAAACUGAUGAACUGACUGUGGCAAAUAAACAAGGUCCACAACCACUAACCUAACAUAACAGUAGAAAACAAAACAAAACAAAAGACUGAUGAAAAAGAAUAAGAAACGAGUAACUUAACCCAACACAGUGCAACUUAAAAAACUAUGACAACCUCAGCAGAAGCAACACACGGAGGCGCAAGAACACAGAGGCAGCGGUGAGAGCAUGCAACAGCCGCAUUUCCUUGACUCUAGAACGAGGGUACACUGAGAUCGCCAACCUGACAGAAACUCACCUGGCGUUACGUGGCGGCCGUGAGGGAGGCAGCGUGUGUGCUUAAGUGUGGAGUGCUUGAAUUUGAGGCCACAAUAACACAUAGCACUGGAACACCUUUAGAGUCUGUGGUAAUCCUCUUUGCCGCCCCUCGGUAGAAAAAGGAUGAGAGAACGCAGAGGAGAGGGCGAGCACGGUGAACAGUAAGAGGGAAGGAGGUGAAAAUAAAUAUGUGAGACUAUAAAAACAACGUGGAAUUCUUAAACACAAUGAAGGACAAGCUGAAACAGUGACUUUUACAACAGUGAACACAGCGCCAGGUGGAAAUAAACAUGUAAAAGAUAUGAAAAUGUUGUAAUAUUGUGCGGUUUUAAGUUAUUUGAUCACUGUACUCGUGAGACCGACAGGUAAAUCAACCCGUAUCACCUCCGCGUGUCUGAACAGAGUGGGGUUUGGAGUGGCGGAGUAGGAGGAGAACAGACGCACGGACACGAGGUACCACUAAAAAUACCGGCGAUCCGAUUCUUCCCGGGAACAGAAAUGCAUUAUAAAAGAACCUUCCUGGAGGUGAUUAAGGCGCGCGAUCACCUGACGGGGACGAAAACGCACGAAACACCUCAACACCAAUCAAUACCUGAGCUGGGUUGAGGCAGCGGCGCCAUUGUACCUCCACCAGGAAUAUCACAGCAUCGUCAUCUCUCCCUCCUCUUAACUAACCGAAAAGAGACAGGAACAAAAAACGAACGAAAAGAAACAUAUGCACACUCACUUACACACACACACACACACACAGGGAUACAGACACGCACACGCAAACAAGUCCGCCUCACUUGGACUGUUACGGACAAUACAAAGAGCAGUUAACACUAAAAGGAAACGUACAAGUGUGGAAAACUUCAAAUGGACUGAGUGAAGAGGAGCAGCAGGCGUCUCUCUUCCAUUUAAAGCGAGUAGUGACGGGUGUUCGCUCACUCACUCGUUGCUGUCUCCGCCACUCGCCUACUCGCCUCAAACAUCAAAGACCCGUAGCGUUGAGGAAAUAAGAGAGGGAGAAGAGAGAGAGAGAGAAGGAGAAAAAAAAAGAGUAGUAGAGGGUGAAUGGACUAGACAGUAAGUGACGCUAAGGACCUUUCAGCAAACCUGGAGUCUUUGCAAGUGUGUGUGUGAGUGACAAAGUGUUAGAUGACCCGUGAAGACUCGAACUGCCGCUAAGUCCAUGCCACGCCAUCUUGCCACGCCACUUCCCGACCCUCCAGCCUAGAACUGACUCCCCCUGGUGCAAGAUGGCGGCCUCCAGGGUGUUCCUUAGUUGCGCCACCUUGGUUAUCCUCAUCCUUGCCACCGAAGGGACCCCGGCAGAUGCGGGCGUCGGUCUGGGGUGGAACUGGGAGAUGUGGUGGACCUACGACGGCAUCUCAGGUCCGGAGUUCUGGGGCGUGAUCAACCCGGCGUGGGUGAUGUGUUCCGAGGGGCGCCGCCAGUCACCCAUCAACCUGGACCCAAGGACACUACUGCACGAUCCCAACCUCACACCUGUAUCCCUCGACAAGACUGAGGUGCAAGGGAUUCUGGUCAACACGGGGCACAGUUUGGAGUGGCGGGUAAAGCCUUCGUCAGGUCCCUCCGUCAACCUGUCAGGAGGUCCUCUUUCGUACACCUACACCGUCAGCCAUCUGCGUCUUCACUUCGGGGAGAGAGACCUACAGGGUUCCGAACACACCAUAGCUAACCACGCCUUUCCUGCUGAGCUCCAAGUGUACGGUUACAACGCGCAGCUUUACCGAAACUUCACCCAGGCAGCCAGUCAAGUGUACGGCGUGGUGGCCAUUGCCGUACUCGUGCAGCUCGGGGACCGCACCACUCCUGCCCUGGCCAACAUGCUGCAGGGCCUGUCUAGUGUACAGUUUGGAGGUUCUUCGUCACCAGAACACGAACUAAGAGUGAGCGAGCUACUACCGACUUCAGAACAAUAUCUUACUUACGACGGCUCCCUCACUGUCCCCGGCUGCUACGAGACGGUCACCUGGAUACUCCCCAACAAGCCCCUCUACAUAUCCUUCGGCCAGAUGCGCAACCUCCGAAUGCUCAAGCAAGGAUCGUCAAACUUCCGUAGAAACGCGCCCGUCGCCAAUAAUUUUCGACCUCUGCAGUCUGCGCAUCACCGAACCGUCCGCACCAAUAUUGACUUUUCCCCAGACCCUCAGGGCAAGAAAUGUUCAGUGUCGGAGCCAAAGUUUCAAUAUAGAGCAAAUGACUGGCUCCACUCCUGACCCUAAACUGCGGACAGUCACGGUCACAGCGGCCACCACAGCCAGCCACAGCCUCCUGACCCUCGUGUACAUACAUCCUGAGCGCCGCGUGUGCGUGUGUGUGCGUGAGCCUGACUCCCUCGGGCACUGUAGACUCUGUGUUUCUCCUGAACUAAUACCGUGUUGACUGUACUGGUUUGUUCACCGACUCGUUCGUUCCGAUAGUUUUUUUUUUUUUUUUAAUCCGAAAACCUGAGGGUAAAGCAACUGCGAGGAGGGACGUGGAAUGUUGCGGGAAGGAAAAAGAAAGAAAAAGAGAUAAAAAAAAAGCUAACUCUUUCCAAUGUUUACGAGAAUGGAAAACAACUCCCGCCCUCAUUCCCUUUCUGGAAGCAUGAGUCAGGCCCUUUCAUUCCUAAAAUCCUUAAUCCUCACACGAAACAAGAAAAAUACCGAACACUGAGUAACCUGAGUGGCGGGUUGUCCAGGUGACCGCUGCCAGGUGCAAGGCCAUUCCACCUCUCCUCACACUUGCCCUGCACAUGUGGCACCCUUGUUUAUGAGAGCCAGGUGUGAGGCGAGGCAAAGGUGCUUAUCAGCCUCCCUCGCUGCGUGUAUAGACCUCGUCUUGAUCUGCCGUGACCCAGUCUGACCUUACGUAGUCCGACUCUGGUGACCUCAACGUACUCCUGACUGCGUAACUCAAUAUAGUUUUGGAAAAAUCUAAUUGGCGUGAGGGAAACCCAAUGCUGAAAGAAAAAACUCACCGAAAAGUUUUUGAAUUUACUUUCAUCUAUGGUUUAUCUAGACUCACUGAAUUAGCGUAAAAAGACUCAAUUCUGACUAACUCGAAAACGUCAUGCUUCUGUUAGCUACGGUGUAGACUCCAUGAAUAAGCGAAACAGACAAAACCUAUUUUUAUUCGCUGAAAAAAAGCUCUGAUAUAACUGUUAACCAUUUUUGACACUGAAUCCUCACAAUAACACCCAUUUCUGACUUACUGUGAAAAGUCCAUUACAUCCAACUAUGAUCAAGACUUUGGUUCUGUAAAAUUAGACCAAAACUGACACAUUGAAACCCUCUUCCAUAUUUAACCAGCACACACUCACGGACGAAAGUUUGUUUACGUGCCGCAUUCUUUUUCCACUAAAUUAAACGUUUAGUCUUCACCGUAAGUCUUCGGAUGUGUUACUGUCACUUUACAAAUCCAAGAAAUGAAACGUUCCAAUGAUACCAAAGAACGUGACACUGAAGGAACACAUUAAACAGUGGGAAGUGAGAGCAUCAGAUCACAUGGUAACUGGUAACAACACUCACUCACGGAACUAGCAAAAUCAAUGGCAAACAGUCAGUCGCCAACUUAAACACACAAUCAACAUGAAUAAAGACUAACGCAAAGAUACUCCAGCAGAACACAGGCUAUAAUGUAAUGUUACUUUCUCCUCUCUCCCCGUCAAUGAAGUGUCAAGCAGCGAUACACACUUGAUGAGCACCCGAGACACACAGCGAGCUUCCUCAUCUCGUCCAGUCGCCUCACGCAACUUCCUCACUGACGAUAGACGGCGGGAAAGUUUUAAUGCCACAAGAUUUAAUACAGAAAGAAGUGGCGGAGAGAGACUGACAAGGAGCCGUCACUCAGCGAAACGUGGUGUGACGGCCGCAAAUGUUAACGUUCUCUUCUCUAUCUUUAUCUCUCUCUCUCUCUCUCUCUCUCUCUCUCUCUCUCUCUCUCUCUCUCUCUCUCGUUUCUUUUUCUUUCUCUUUUUAUUCUUCAGCGAUUUCCCAGGAAGACCUAAGUCGCUGGGGACUGUGAAAGAAAGAAAUAGAGAGAAAGAAAUUAGACGUAUUUACUUGUCUAAUUAUCACAGCGUUCAUUACCGGAGAGAGAGAGAGAGAGAGAGAGAGAGAGAGAGAGAGAGAGAGAGAGAGAGAGAGAGAGAGAAUUUCUGUUGAUCUCCCAUGUCCACCUUAUUACUAUUUAGAGUGUUAAUUAAGGGACAGGUGAGAGGUGUGUCAUUUACCUGUGAGUUGGCUGUCAGCGCGCCCGUCAGCCGUUCCUGAGGGCGAGGCAGAACAUGAAGGAGUAAUAAUGAACAUCUGGACAAAUAUUAAUGGGCACUUUGCGAAUGUUCUGAUUGUUGAUGAUGGAUAAAAGAAACUACUACUGCCCCCACCACCACUACUGCUACUAUUGCUGCUGCUAUGAGUACUGCUACUACUACUACUACUACUACUAUCAUUACUACUACUACUAUUACUACUUCUACUGCUACUACCAC